UUAUGGUAGGCGCCCCAUUAAGCGGCUCGUGAAGAAGGAAUCCAGACAGGAUUAACAACAGCAGACAGCCGAACUGCCGAGCGAUAUAUCGGCAAUAAUUCACCUCAAACAGUUGGACCACCUCUACAUUUCCACCCAGGCCGACGUGAGAAGAAAGGGAGCCUUCGGCCCUCCUACCCUCUCCCGGCACCAUGCAGCUACAGCAUCCAUCGUCACAGCCUCCAGAGUGACGGGAUGACGGAGGGAAUCGAACCUCCUCACGCAAGACACGCUGAGGCGACGUUCACGGUCUCUCGGGAAUUCUUAAAACCGCAGAUUCAGCGACAUGGAGAUGUGGAGUGACUUAACUUUUCAUUAGUGAGACUUUUCCAUCAUUCCUGUUCUGGUGAGGACUGGGAUUCUUGCUCAGGGUUGACCUUGUCCUUCAACCUCACCUCGCAAAUGAGAUGAAGUAAUGAGAUAAUGUGUCACACUGGAGGAAGAAAUAUAGGUCAUAGUUUGUCUUUAAUAUUUGAGAAGUAACCUGGGGUCUGCUUCAGCCUUCAUCAGGGUAGAACCUGGAGAGCAGAUGCAAUCAGAGUUGCAGUAUUGUGUAAAACAUGUUAUCAGGUCAUUAGGUCAUCCAUACAGCCACAGGAGACGUUUUGAUCAUCGUGACGUUAUGAUGGUGGGAGUCACCAUCACCUUGUGCCUCAGGACUCCUGCAGUCUAAUAGACCCUUUUAGUUCCCCUUCGUGGGAAAGAACGGGGCAACUGGAGUGUGGUGGUCUGCCAGAACCAUGGACUACCACGCUGAGUGCUGCUUCUGUGACCCAGAGGACGGCCCAGACGAGCCUCCGCUCCACAGUAUCCAUGCACCCAACCGGAUUCGCCCGUCCUCGUACCGAGCCCUGAGGAGUGCCGUGUCCAGCCUGGCCCGCAUUGAUGACUUCUUCUGUGAGAAAAUUGGCUCAGGCUUCUUCUCUGAGGUCUUCAAGGUGCAGCAUCGGAUCACAGGGCAGGUGAUGGCACUGAAAAUGAACACACUGGCUAGCAACAAAGCUAACAUGCUACGAGAAGUUCAACUCAUGAACAGGCUUUGCCACCCCAAUAUACUCAGGUUUCUUGGGGUUUGUGUGCACGAAGGUCAACUUCACGCUCUGACUGAGUAUAUAAACGGCGGUAACCUGGAGCAGCUGUUGGACAGUGAUCUGUACCUGUCGUGGGGGGUCAGGAUCGGUCUCUCUCUGGAUAUCGCCCGAGGGCUGCAGUACCUGCACAGCAAGGGCAUAUUUCACAGAGACCUCACCUCCAAGAACUGUCUGGUUCGCUGUGAUAACGGCACAUUCACUGCUGUAGUGGGAGACUUCGGCCUGGCAGAGAAGAUCCCUGAUUACAGUGAUGGUAUGGAGAAGCAGCCUCUGGCCAUUGUGGGCUCCCCAUACUGGAUGGCCCCUGAGGUUCUGAGGGGAGAGCUGUAUGACGAGAAGGUGGAUGUGUUUGCGUACGGCAUAAUCCUGUGUGAGAUCAUUGCGCGGAUUGAAGCUGACCCUGACUUCUUACCCAGGACAGAGGACUUUGGUCUGGAUGUGGAUGCAUUUGAAAACAUGGUGGGGGAUUGUCCACCUGCGUUCUUUAGCCUCGCUGUCACCUGCUGUAAUAUGAGUGCAGAAAGGCGUCCCACAUUCGCUGACAUUGUCUUCACGCUGGAAGGCAUGGAGACAGAAGAAGAAAGAGAGAAGCCCAUUGCACUCGAACCAGUGGCAGUAGAUGUCAGCCCCUACCGGCGCCGCAGCUCUCCCUGUCACCCCGGUGACCGUAACCAGCAACGGCAAGGCUUGGCAAGGAGCCAGUCAGACAUGUUACCCCCGGCAACCCUGACCCCUCCUCUCCUUGGGACUCCUGCGAGGGUCAACCCCUUCUCUCUCAGACAGGACCUCAAUGGGGGGCGGUGUAAACUCUUAGACACGCCCAGCAAGUCCGUCAUCUCCCUGACCUUCACCCUCCCAGCGCUUCGUGACCCGUGUGCCUCCCCGCACCUUCUCAGAGGGACACAGGGGAUGCGAGCGCCGCAGAGGAGGUGCCAAUCGCUCCCCUGUACCCCAGAGCUCAGCCGGACUGUAGCCUUGCCAAGAGACAUGGAGGGGAAGGAGGAGGAGGAAAAGGACGAGGACAUUAAAGUGGCGGUGAACAAAGGAGGCAUGGUGGAGGAUGUGGAAGACAAGAGGAGGAAGCCAGAGUCGCCAGAACAGGAUUCAGGUCUUCCUGUUGAGUUGGAAAUGGUGUCUCUGGAGCGGUUAGAGGAGGAGGAGGAGGAGGAGGUGGAGAAUGUAUGUGUAACAGAACCAAUGGACUGUACCAAGUCUCCAGAGCCAGCAGAGGGAAUCCUGGACACCUCACCUGGGAGACCCCUGCUCACCUCGUCCUCCUCCUCUUUACGGACCAAUGGCUGGCAACUUCCCAUCUCCAAUGGACCACCCUCUUUACCUCCUCUUCCGCGACUGGACAACAACAACGGUUCAGCCCUUGUGAUUGGCCAGCAGGCGCACUGGGUUGGUGGAGGGCGGACCAAUGGCUACAGUGGAGCCCAGGUCCUGUCCACUGACCCUAGCGGCCCCUCUGAGCAGGAUGAGGUCAUUUCCUGUCCGGGCUGCUGUCUGAUGGGUCUAAGUUUCCCCUCAGUGUGCCUCCGUGGUUCAGCUGCUGUGCCUGCCCCCCGCCGAAGGACUUCGUUACCACGGCAGCGGCCCUACCGGAACCUCAAUGGUACCAUAACUGGUGGCAGCACUUCGUCAUCAACAACAGCUGCCACAGCAACCAAAGCUCUACUGUGUCGCAGCACAAAUGGUCUAAUAGUGGCUGGGCCCUCUGUGCCAUGUGAGCCUGGCCGGUCUCUACCAGAGGCCCAGACAUAAGCCUGUUCAGAGGAAAUUUGGUUUUGAACUUGUGUCAUACACCAGCACUAAGUGUUAGCGGAUAAACUAAUACUGACAAAGCAGUACUGACCCCGGCCUCCGAGAUGUGUUGUAAAUUCUGUGCAGUCAUGGCAAAAAAAGGGGGAAAUAUGCUGGUGAUUGAAGUGCCACCUGGUGGGCCAGAUGAUCAAACACAACAAAUCACUGUGAGAGUGAACAAUGUGGUGGUGUAAAGUAAGAGUUGGCCAAGGUAGAGAGAGUACAGCUGAGCCAGACAGGGUUCAGACGAAGCGGGCUGAGCUUUGCUGUAAACUGAACACUGAGCAGUCAGGGUCCACAACACAUUACUGCUGUUGGAAAAGGUGCUGACCCAAACAGAGCAGCUAGUCUGACUUACAGUGAUCCACGCCCCGUCUCUGCUGAACCAAAUCAAACUGAACUCAAUCUGCACUCAACUGUGCUGGCUUCAAUUUUAUAGGCUGUCUUGGAAAAAUAGCAUGUGGCUGAUGUAACAAGUUAAAGUAUACUUCCGGUUUAUUACAACUUGGGUCUUACUUUUGUAGUUAGGGCUGUUUUAUCAGUGAUAAGAGCAUUGCGCUCGAAGAAACGGAAUUGCUGAGAUGUGUGAACAUGAUUAAAACUAGUUCAGAUAGGGCAAGCAACCCCCAGGUUAGUCAAACUGAUUUGCCGGAGAAAAAGACAGUGGACAGUAAAAUAAUGUGCCAAACUGUCCUUUGUAAACACUCAUCGCAGUUUAUAUACAGACUGCAUCAGUUGGUACCUUCUGUACAUAACACAUUUGCGUGCACUCAGUUUUUCUGAGCAUUGACAGAUUAUGACAGAUGUUUUUGGGUGUGCUUACUUUUGGUUUAGAAUUAAGUGGUAUUCUGACAGUGCUUCUUGCCCUGUCAGAUUUCAUGUAUUGUAGUUUUCAGCAAUGUUAUAAUUACAGAUAUAAAAGAUGGCCAUAACUACAAAAAUAUGACCCAAGGUUUAUAUAACCAAUAUGACUAAUAAACAGGAUUUAUCCUUUAAUCUGUACAGUAUUUUUGGUAACAGUGUUGUGGGAAGUAAAUUUUGUAAUUCAUUGUCCCUCCCUUUAUGGAGGAAGUUCGGUAGAAAUGAAAAAUGCUUUGUUUGCAUGGUAGCCUCGGCAGUGUUUCACUGCAGGCCCACUACUGAUGGAAACACUGCUGCACUGUUGAGCCCAUGUCCUAUAUGACGUGAAGGGAAAAUGACAGAUGUGAAUGUGGUUUACCUCUGCCAGCACAGUGUGGCUGCAGGUGCAUAACCAUAUGUACCUGCAGUGUUGUUUUUGAUUCUAUUUAACUGAUCAACAUCAGCUACAGGGAGAAUAUUUAUAAAAUGAAUAAAGAUUUACUUCUUACAUUUUUAUAGUAGCUGAGUGUGUGUGCGUGCGUGUGUGUGUGUGUCAUAGACUAAUUUUGGGGACAAAUCUCCAGUUACCAGUUACUGGGGGAUGGGUUGUCAACAGUUGGGGAAAAAGCUGAUUUUUGAGUUGAUAAGGUCAGGAUUAGGUUAAGGUUAGGAUAAGGGUCAGGGCUAGGCAGGUAGUGGUUAUGGUAAGCCUUUGAAUUCAAGUCUAUAUAAUGUCCCCAAAAGUGAUCAAGAUCAACAGUUGUGUGUGUUUGUGUGUGCGCAUGUGUAAAAGAGAGAGACUGAUAUUUGUUGCUUUGGGGGACUUGGAGGAAGAACCUCCUCUGGGGCUUGUCAUGUAAAUUCUUUAUUUUUGCACUUCAGUUUGGAGCACUUUGCAUUAAGACACCAGGCUUUUACUAGAUGGUGCUUUAUUUAAAUCUGUGCUACUGGUGUUUUAUAUGUGCUUCUGGCCCAACAACCUACACACCUGUUCAUUCUUUGACAUCUAGUCCCCCUCACAUGUAUCGUGUGUGUGUACAUGUGCAUUUUGAUUACACUGUUGUAACUUAAAGAGUGGCAUGUGAAGCAGGUAUGAAUAUUUAUUGUACAGAUCAUUCCACACACUGUGUGUGUAUGUGCUUUUGAGCGAAAGGUAGAGUGAUGGAUACUCACAGGAUAGCUUUUAUCCCAUCAUUUCUGAUGUUAAAUCUUGGUUCUUGCUUCAUGUUUUGUUCUACUAUACAGCUAGAAACCUGCGUGCAAUAAUCUGAUAAUAAACAAAUAUGGUUGUGCAUAA